UAAUUUGAGGCCAACAAUUUUGCAUUUAACCCAUUUUCGUGUUCAAACAAUAAUGGCGCUUGUUCUGAAAAAGCUAUAUCAGGGAUAUUUUUGGUUAUCUCGUGAUUUAGCAGAUCCCAGGAGCGAUGAUUUUAUUAUCUCUUCACCUCUGGCAGCGGUGGCAUUAGUAUUUUCAUAUGUAUACGCAGUUAAAUUUGUAGGACCGGAGUUAAUGAGGAAUAGGAAACCCUUCAAUCUCAAAAUACUUCUGAUUUUAUACAACGUACUGCAAAUAGUAGCCAAUUUUUACCUCAUGUAUGAGGGUGCAUGUUCCUAUAAGAAAAUCGGGUGGUCUUGUGUUCCUGUUGACUACUCUCGAAGUUCUGUCGCAAUGGCAGAAUUGGGAUCGGUUCGUAAAUUCUUUUGGUUGAAAAUGUUCGAUUGGAUAGAUACGAUAUUUUUUGUUCUCCGUAAAAGCAAUCGUCAAAUUACCUUUUUGCAUGUUUAUCAUCAUGCAGGAAUGGUAUUACUGGGAUGGAUAGCUUUGAAAUACCUUGGCGGAGGACACUCACUAUUCGUUGUGUUACUCAAUCUUCCUGUUCAUGGUGUGAUGUUCACUUAUUAUUUGCUGACUACGAUCGACAGCAAGUGGAAGCAAAACAUUUCAGUGAAACGGUUUUUAACUCAGAUUCAAAUGGUCCAGUUUCUAGGUUUUAUAUUCAUUUAUGGACGGAUAUUAUUUCAGUCAAAUUGCCCAUACCCAAAAUUCUUAUGUUCUUUAUUCGUUGUCCAGAAUAUGUUCAUGUUCAUUCUUUUUGGAGAUUUUUACCGAAAAACGUAUACAGUGAAACCAAAACAUCAGGAGAAACUAAAACAAAAUUGAGUGAGAAGUUUGAAGACAGAAAUUCCAGUUUCAGAAGCAGCCAGUAUUAUACAUAUUGGAGAAAUAGAAGCAAAAUAUUUUGAUAUAUUUGUAAAAUGUGAUGAUUCGUUAUUAAAUCAACUGA